CUCAUGGUGGAUGGCGCUGUGCUUCCUAAAAACUUCAUCUUCCUUCCUUUGUGGAUAUUCCCAAACAAUAAUAGUAAAGAAAGACGACGAGACGACCCGCCAUUGCCAGAAAGACUCCACUUUUUUCAUAUAUGGACGACUGAGAAAAAGGUUGAGGCCUUUUAGGUGUUAGUUUAAUUGGAUUCUCCGUUCCCACCGGUAAUUUUACCCGAUCAAUCGCCGGCGGUGACCAUGUGGAUUUACUGUCUCCUCAUUGUUCAAGUGUUCAUCUUCCUCUGGCAACUCACCCGCAAACCUAAACCGCCAGUCAACUCUCCCGCUCCGGAGACAACUCCACCUCCUCCUCCUCCUUCCGCAAUUUGUGUCAAUAAUGGAGCAGCGACGAUUCCGAUUGUUUACAAGCACGACGUGUUCCUGAGCUUCAGGGGAGCAGACACCCGCUUCAAUCUCACCAGCCAUCUCUACGCUGCUCUGAGAGGCCGCAGCAUCCUGAGCUACAUCGACGAUGUUAAUCUCCAUCGAGGGGCGGACAUCGUCGAUUCGCUGUGGGGAGCGAUCGAGCAGUCGCGGAUGUCCGUCGUCGUGUUUUCAGACAAUUACGCCGAUUCCGGAUGGUGUUUGGACGAGCUCGUCAAGAUUGUCCACUGCCUGAAAAACCUAAAUCAGGUGGUCUUGCCGGUGUUCUACGGCAUGCCUCCCGAGGAUGUUCGAGAUCAGACCGGGAGUUACGGUGUUGCUUUUGCCAAGCACCGUCAGUCGACGGCGUCGCCGGAGAAGUUGAAGAUGUGGAGGGCUGCGUUGAAAGAGGUCGCCGGUAUUCCUGGCUGCGAAUCUCUCAAGAUCAGCACAGAGGCUGAGCUCGUCAAAACAGUGGUUGAAACUGUCCUAGCAACAUUGGAGCAGAUUUCCCCAGCUCCACAGUUCCCCGGUUUGGUUGGAAUCCACACCCGGAUCGACGAUAUUGAAUCCUUGUUGCAUCUGGAUUCGGAUUCAGAGACCAGGGUCGUCGGAAUGUGGGGGAUGGGUGGCGUCGGAAAGACCACGUUGGCCAGAGCUAUAUUCGAUCAGUUUUUGUCCAAAUUUGAAGCCUUUCAUUUCCUUGGUGACUUCAGGCAAGAAUUGGAAAGAUGCUCUGAGCUCGACCUGCAACACGAGCUCUUCUCGACCCUACUGGGGGACGAAUACAACCAUCACACUGCUGAAAGAACCACAAAUCUAGCAUUAACUUAUGCCAAAAUGCGUCUAGCUCGCACCAGGGUUCUUGUAGUUAUCGAUGAUGUUGAGGACCCUGUAGCACUACAUAACUUGCUGGAUAAGCAACCUCGUACUCUGUUUGGUCCCGGGAGUAGGAUCUUGGUGACGAGUAGAGAUCACCAGGUUCUUCAGAAUGUGUGUGAUGAAGUCUAUGAGGCGAAGGGGCUGAACGACUACGAAUCUCUUCAGCUCUUUGCUUCGAAUGCGUUCAAGAAUGUUAUCUCUGAUGAAUUUAUGGAGCUCUCAUGGCGAGCCAUAAGGUACCCAUCAGGCAAUCCACUGGCUCUCAUAGUCCUUGCGAAGGCUCUGUUUGGGAGAAGCAAGGACUACUGGGAAAGCAUAUUGCUGAGGCUUCACAGAGGGGCGCCAAAUCAAAAGGUUCAGAACGUAUUGAAGAUCAGUUUUGAUGGUUUGGAUCGUGAUGAGAAGAAUGCCUUUCUAGACGUAGCAUGCUUUUACAAAGGAGAGAGUCGAGGGCAUGUGAAGUCCAUGUUGGAUGGUGCUUAUGGUGAUGGGUCUUCUGAGAAUAUUGUCACCUCGCUUACAGAUAGAGCUCUCAUUGGGAUUGCGCAUGAUGGGUUGACAAUUAUGAUACAUGAUUUGUUGCAGGAGAUGGGUCGUGGGAUUGUGAAAGCAGAGUCUGAUGAUCCGGGGAAACGGAGCAGGCUUUGGGAUCAGAAUGACGUCUACUCUGUGCUUACCAGAAAAGAGGGGACGGAAAAAAUCAAAGGCAUAUCGAUGGAGUUAGGGAAAGGCCAGAUGCAACUGGACUCGGAUGCCUUUGCAAGGAUGAGUCGUCUAAGGCUCCUUAGGUUCUACGUGCCACGCGAUGGUUACGGCGAUUACACUGAGGUGCAGUUGCCUUCAGAGGGGCUUCAGUUUCUUUCCAAUCAGUUGACGAGCCUCCAGUGGCCCCAUUUCCCUUCAAAUUCUCUUCCACCUACAUUCCGAGCAGAGAAUCUUAUUGAUCUUCGUAUUCCUUAUAGCAACGUCAAGCAUCUUUGGACUGGCGUCCAGAAUCUUGGAAACUUGAAAUACAUCCAUCUCAGCUACUGCAUAAACUUGGUGGAACUGCCGGACUUAUCACUCGCCAAAAGAAUCGAGGACAUUUGUGUCCUGGGAUGCGAAAGCUUGGUGAAGAUCCCAUCCCACGUCCAACAACUAGAGAGUCUAGCAAACUUGAACGUCUGGAACUGCAAAAGCCUCCCUGACCUCCCAACUCAGUUUACAUCCAAAUCAAUCAACUCCCUCGCCAUCUCUGCCGAGAACUGCCCCACAGUCGCAAACUACGACCAGCUCUACCUCGGCACCCAGGAAGAAGAAGAACAACAAGAAAAAGAAGAAGAAGAACAACAACAACAACAACUUGACAUGAAUGCACCGAUAGGGAACAGAGUUCUGGACGUUAGAAACAGCUUGCACAUAACGGACCUCCGCUUGAAUGGAACGAUGAUCCAAGAGAUCCCAGCAACAAUUGAGCUGCUCACCAACCUCGUUCUCCUCGACAUCUCCCAGUCGAAGCAUCUAUUUUACAUUUCGACCAACAUCUGCAAGCUGAAGAAGCUGGAGAAGCUUGACCUUGCAGGUUGCCUAGGUCUGGAGACGUUUCCGGAGAUUUUAGAGCCCAUGGAAAAGCUAACUCAGUUGUUCCUGGGAGGGACGUCGAUUAAAGAAUUGCCAUCUUCGGCCGUUUACAAUCUGGUGAACAAUACAGCAUUGUGCCUCAACAAUUGCAGGAAGCUUGUCAGGAUUCCUGAAGAUAUCCAGUUCUUUGAUAGGUUGACGUUGAUUGAUAUAAGGGAUUGUGAGAGCCUUGUUUGUUUGCCGAAGCUGCCUCUGCGAGUGCAGAUGCUAAAUGCAGAUGACUGUGUGUCGCUGAAUGAGUUCCCGGAUUGUAGCGAUCUUCGGGAACUUGUGUCUUUGAGACUCGGGAACUGUUUCUUGCUGGAUCAGGAUGCAAUCGUUCGAUGGAUGGUGAAUGCCUUUGCCGAUGUUCAGAGAACAGCCGUGGAAAUAUACUUCCCCGGGAGUGAAAUCCCACAUUGCUUCGAGUUUCAAAGCAGUGGAUCCGAGGUCACCAUCCAGCUGCCGUGGAACAUGGACGAUCUCCUCUAUGGGGUCAAAGGAAUCGCAUAUUGUUUAGUCGUGGAGGACGACGGCAGUUGCUCCGACAUCGUAGAGAACACUGAUGACAUGCGUCUAGGCAAAUAUAGCGCCACUAUACCCCCUCUCCAGUGCAAUUGGGAGACUACAUUUCCAUUAACGUCAUCUUCGGCCAGACUUCAUAACUCACGCGGGACAUGGUACCAAAAUGCAUUCAACCGGGGUUUUACGCAGUUCAAGUCUGAUCAUCUGUUCAUCACUUACAGGAGCAGGGAUCAUGAGCGGGAGAUAUUCAAUCCGCGUAAUGUGGGAUGUGAUGUUUCCUUUAGAUUUGAGUUUACUCAUGUUUGGAAGGUGAAGAAGGUUGGAGUAAUGAUCGUGGAGUUUGAUUAUGGUUAUGGCAAUGACGACGAUGAUGUUGGCUUCGAUGCUGAGUUGACGGAUUGGACUGCUGGUGGUGAUGAUUAUUAUGAUGAUCAGCCAUUGUAUUUUGGUGAUGAUUAUGAUGAUAAGCCAUUGUAUUUAGAUUAGUUGAAUCAAUUAGGUCCUAUCUAAAUUAGGUUCAUGUUUCCUUUUGUUUCUAAUGAGAUAUGUUCACUGUAGAAGUUUAAUAAAAAUCCUUGGACCUCUAUUCCCCUGCAAAAUCUGAAGGAACCCUCAGGAAUCGAACAACGGC